AUGGCAGCCAAUCAGCUUCUAACUUCAGCUUCAAUUAAGCUUUGACAAAAAAAAAUGAAGCUGGCUUAUAUGCAGAGCUGUAGCAGAUUUUGCACUCUCUAGUCUUAGUUAAUCAAGCUGAAUAAGGUAUUUAACCUCCCUGGCGGUAUUCCCAAGUGUAGCUCGGGGUAAAGUUUCAGUACCACAAGCAGUAACCCUGAGCUACACUCGGGCUUACCAAUGCGGCGCUGCUCUGCGAUCUCUCGAUCACUUACCUUGUCCUGCGCUCCCGCGAUGUCCCUCCUGCAGUGUCCCCGGCAAUGUAAUCCGGCGGAUGCCGGCAUCUGUCAUUUGGGUUCCGUCCCCUGCGAGUGUCGGGACAUACGCGGGAUGGAACCGGCGGGAAAUUUGAAAAAUGACAAAAAGUGACAUUCACUAAAAUCACUAA